AUGUCCAACCCAGAUGACUUAGAUGACGGCCUUGUAUAUGAUUUUGAUUCUCAACAGGAAGUAGAAAUCGAAGCUAAUGGUAACGAUGGAUUACAAAAGAGACCUAUACAAGAUGAUGAUGAGGAUGAGAAAGAAGUGAAGGAGACCUCAGAAGGUGAAUCUGAAAGACCAAUGUCCAAAAGACAGAAAAAGCUGCAGAAAAAAUCAAAGUUCAUCGAGAAAAAGAAGGAGGAAAGUCAAUAUAUUGUUUCGCAACGAAAAUCGAUUCCUACAAGUUCACCUGAGAAAAUUAUUGAGUAUUUAACAGCAUUGAUACGUGAAAAGAACCCCGACUUGAGUGCUUUGGAAUUGGAGGAACUGUACUUUAAAAAAAAGGAUUUCCUCUCUACAGAAAAAUUUGACACCGAACGUAAAUUAACUGAUUUCUCAACAUUUAUGCAAAAGUUUUCUGUGGCACCAAAAAAGAUUGUCUUUUCAAUGUCCAAUAUUAGAGUAGCUGACGUUUAUCGUAGUUUGAAUGGUGGUAAGAACUGUGUUAAAUUGUUUUCCAAAAGCAAACUGAAAGACGAUAUAGCCACUGUGGAACGUUUACUUGGUGAUAGCUCGAAAAAGUCCAAAAAUAGUAACGAUUCUUUUUAUUUCAUUGCCACGCCAACAAGAAUGCAAAAAAUUAUAGAGGAAACAGAGUUACUAUUUCAAGGUAAAGAGAAAUUGGACAUCAUUCUUGAUGCAAGUUAUCUGGAUCCUAAGGAUAAUACUAUAUUAUCAUUUGAGAAUGCAGUCGUUCUCUGUCAGGUUUUGAAGACCUUUUUGAAUAAAAAAAGUUCCGUGAAAAUACUACUAUACUAG